AUGGGUACGGACCACAGACUGCAAGAGAGGAGGGCGCUCAAUUCCUUCCGCAAGGUUGGUGGGUCUGAUGCUACAGAUGGGAGCAAAAGGACAGGGGGCAGCCUACCUGCCCCCCCCCCCAGGGUGGAAGGAGAAAAGGAUCCCUUUGCCAUGUGUUUUUGCCCAGGGGUUAAUGUGUUCCCAAGAUCAGCAUGGCACCUGCUUCCAAUGCCAGGAAUUGUUGGAGAUUCCCCUGAGCUUAUACAGCGAGAAACUGCAAAAAGCCAGUAGUCAAUAUCUAGACAAAAAAAGAUUGUUCUGACCUGAAAGCUCUUCUCCACCCACCCACAAUCUGCAGGUGUCUGGCAACUCUCUGUAGGCAGUAGGGGCACCAGCAAAAAAUAGGGGGGAGGCACAGAAGGGGGAAAGUUUAUUUCUAGGUGGGCAAGUUGUGCCCCACAUAUUAAGAUCUCUGAAAGAUAAUUAACAGUCUCUGUUAAAUGGCAGAAGUCCAGCCACAGGAGACGGACAAGUGGGGAGAGUGAGAUCCUUUGUGGGGGUUGCUUGCCCCUCUGCCCCCCCCCGGCACCACCUAUGUCUUUAUUCUGUGGUGGAAACAAUGCACUCUGUGUACACUCAGGAGUCCCAUCAUCUCUUCUUGCUUCAGAAGUUGUAUACCUUUUUUUAAAAAAAUGCAUUUGAGACAAAAAAAAAUUGUAGUAAGCAACGAAUGAAUAUGUAAUAAUAUGGUAUUAUGUGAUAUAAUGUGGUUUAAGUUCCAGAGUUAAGCCCAGGUGUUGGAUAAGGGAUGCCUGGCUGAUCCCUGAGAGGCAGUGUGGUGUAGUGGUCAGAGUGUUGGACUUCUAAGCGUUCUAAUUCCCUGCCCUGCCAUGAAGCUUGGGGACCAGUUCCUGCCUCUCAGCCUAACCUACCUCACAGAGGAGUAGUAGUAGUAGUAAUAGUUGUUGUUGUUAAAUUAGGAAGGGGAGAACCGUGCAUGCCACCUUGAGCUCCUUGGAGGCGGGGAAAGUGGGAUUGAAAUGUAAUAAAUAAAAUAAAUAAAUAGACCCCCCCGGUGUGCAUUUUCUCAGGUCUCCAAACCCCUCAUGGAGAAGAGGAGACGAGCUCGCAUCAACCUCUCCCUAGAGCAACUCAAAGCUCUGCUGGAAAAGAACUACUCCCACCAGGUGAGGCUCCCGCUUCCCUUGCAUUUCCAGGAGAGAGGGAGAGUCAGGGAGCCAGUUUAUCCCCAUGAAAGCAGGUUACAUUUUACUUUGAAAAUGACAGAGGCAGGAGCACAAAGGACCCCCUGCUCCUCUUCACCCCUCUCCAUCUUUUUACCUUUUUCAUCACACCAAUACUGAAAGAACGGAGCAGCUCAGUGGCGGAGCACUUGCUUGGCAUGCAGAAGGUCCCAGUUUUAAUCCCCAAUGGCAUCUCCGGGUAGGACUGGGGAUGUCUCCUGCCUGAAACCCUGGAGAGCCACUGCUAGUCAGUGAGGACAAUAACACACUAGAUGCAUCAAUGGUCUGGCUUAGUAUAGGGCUGACUCUGAUGUUCGGAAGUGCAGGAUGGGGUGGGGGUCGGGAGAAGGGAGGUGCUUGGUACAUCAGGAGACAGGUGGUGAGACUCCAGUACCCCUGCUUUGGAACCAGCAAGGUUGAAAUAGGGGUCCAUCUCAUCCCCCUUGAAGUGUAGAGUUCCAGAGUAAAACCUGGAUUCAAAUCCCCACUCAGCCAUGGAAAAUCUACUUGGGUGACCUUGGGGGCUAGCCACUGGCUUUCAGCUUAACCCACUUUACAGGUCUGCUGUGGGGAUUAAACAUGGGAUAGAAAUGGGAUAGAAAUGCAAUAAAUAAGUUACUUCUGUCCUUCGACCCAGCUGAGAGAGAAGCCAACAGGGUUAUGGGGGGAAGUCAUUCACUAAGGCCAGGGCAGGCAGAAACGACCCCAGUAACCCCUUGGCUUUCUUUGGUUUGGUGGGGAAAUUGCAGAUCCGGAAACGCAAGCUAGAGAAGGCAGACAUCCUGGAGCUGAGCGUAAAGUACAUGAAGAGCCUACAGCCCUUGGCCCACCAAGGUAAACCACCCAAAUGGAACCAUGGAACCCAGUUAAGGAAGCAUUGGUAGAUUAACAUUUUAGCUGAUUGACAUAGGGGAAAGCAACACCUCAAAAAAGAUGGACUGCUUCAGCUAUAAUGCUACACACACUUGGGUCUAAGCCCCCUUGAGCUCAAUGGAGCCUACUCCUAAGUAGACAUGCACAGGGUUGCACUGUCCCUUGGGUUUCUAGAAUGAUGUAUCAAAGAAGCCAUAGUCUCAGGAGAGGCAUUCUCUUUCUGUACACACAGAGACAGAGAUGCCGCUUGCUGUCCACAGUUAGUAGCCAUAUUUUUUAAAAUAAAAAAUUAAUAAUAAUUAUUUCCAUUUUUAAAAGUCUGCUGACUUUCAAGGACACACUCUCAUAAAAAAGACAUAGUUGAUUAACCGACUAAUUGACCAAACGCUCCAAGUGCUAGCAUUUUGUAACUGAUCAUCAGACCAUCACAGUUCUGAGCAAAAAUAAAAAAGGAAGAUCAGCUGGAGUCCUAGCAGAGUGUUUUUACACAAUCGACUCUUGCAGGACACAAAUUAAUAGCGACCAGGUGGCUCCCCAGGUGUUAUUGGGGUACAACUCCCAUCAUUCUUGGCUGUUAGCCUGAGGCUACUGGGAGUUGAAGUCCAGAGACGUCUGAAGGGCCUCAGGUGAACCUUCACUGCCUCUGACAAGAACAGCUUCUGAUAAUUAACCUCUAGUGGUUCCCAAAGUGGGCAAGAACACUCUCUAUGGGACAGUGGGAUUAACUGGGGGGGGCAGGGGCAAGGGAGUGGGGUGGCAGCACUGGAAAUGUAAAACACUACCAGACUUUGGAAAGCUGGUAUCGCUGGAUCAAGCUAAUUAAUUUUGUUGAAUUAGUUUGAAACCAAUUGAAACCAAUUAGUUUGAAUUUGAUUUUGAAUCAAUGUGCAAUUAAUUGCUCCUGUUCUAAAUUUUAUUCUUCCUCAGUGGGUCGUGCAAACAGAUAUUCUGAAUAAUGCUUUGUAUAGAGUUGGGGACACUGCGGGUGAGUUUAUGGAACCAAGAGGGCGGUAGCCUGAAAAUGUUUGGCCAUCUCCCCUAUCUUGACUCCUGGAGCGCGAGUGGGACUGGGAGCGUGAGCGUCUCAGUCUCUAUCCGACUUCCCGACUUCUUUCCUCCUCCAGGGGUGCCGCUGACCAAGAGCGCCGACUACCAGGCCGGUUUUCGGAGCUGCCUGCAAGGAGUGCGCCAGUUCCUGCUGCGCUCCGAAGCGGCCAGCGAAGCUUCCUGCUCCUCUUCCUUCCAGCUCCUGCACCAGCUCGCCCGAGUUCUGCCCAUGGCCGCCGCCGGAGGCGUCUUCAGCACCACGGACAGCGACCCGCAGGCUGCGCUCCCCAAAGCCCGGCUGGCCGCGCUGGGCAGCCCCGGGGGGCCGACGACGGCGACUCUCAGGAAAGCGAGGCCGCUGAAGAGCCGAGGGUGCGAGGCCGCCUUUCCCGCGGCGGGAGGCCGCAGCCAGGCGGGGAGCGACCGGGGCCAGAGCGGGCAGGCGCUCCCUGAGCGGAGCCAAGAGCUGUGGCGGCCUUGGUAA